CGACCAUCUUGCCCAACCGUCGACAGCCUUCCUUGCCUUCCCCGUAUUAAUAAUUACCUGUAUUAUUGAUAGGGGUUAGACGGGGUGUCGGUUGUAUGUACUAUUCUAUACUGUGCAUGUAUGUACAUACCUAGGUACAUACAGUACUCGGUAUAUAAGAUCAAAUGCCCCCGCCACGACACUGCGCCUUAUCGCGGGCAUGUGGCAUGUAAUGCAUCCAUAUAUAAGGUAUGGAAUCUUAGGAGGUAUACGGGAUGCUGGCAGAGAGAGAGCAGCUUGAAGCCUGCCUUCCAUUCCUUGUGGCACCCGCCCCUGGCAGCACGGAACACCGCCUCGAUGAGCACCGACGGAAACAGGGCCCCCUUGCCCCCGGCCCUCCCUACCUUGGGUUGUGUAACAGUGACAGGGCACCAUGGCAACACCGUACUUCCGCCCGCUGAGAUCCAUGGUCCACUCCUGCUGGGACUUUUUUCUUCGCCGGGACCUUUUGCUCAAGUGACGGGGGGUACCUUUGCCGUCACAGCCCUAUCCGCGCAUUCUCGUGCUAUUCUCCCCCACAUCACAUGGCUCCAUAUGCCAAGGGAAAAGAAAGGUCGCCCGUCGUGCCACAACGUUUCCGCCCAUGGCCCGUUUGGAGAAUCCGCCAUCACAAAUCCGUCACCUUCUAUCAUCGCUAAUAUCACCCUUCCCUUCCUUCUUCCCAUGCCGACAAACGCUAGGGCUGGCUCCCCGAGCCACCCCUAUCCGUAGCCUCAUCCUUUCCAAGCCAAUGAGCAAGCGAGUAACGAGCAUGGGACAACCAAGAGCCACCACUCCGUAACUACCCAACACAGAAAAGUCACACCGCUUAGUUUUGCUCAGCAAGCGUCUUCUCGAUCUUGGUCUUCUCUUGCUUCUUGAGGUCCUCUAGCUCCUCCUUGGUGGCGUCAUAGCGGGCUGUCAUCUGGUUGAACGGGUUCUCGGGGCUCUUCUCAAACUCCUUCUUGAUCUUCAUCUGCUUCUGGUUCUGGCGCAGGCCGACCCCGCUGCCAUCCUUUUCCAUCUCGCUAAGCCGGC